UUUGCAAAUUGGCAACACCCAAGUAGUGUGAUCCUCCAAUACACGCUCGCUCUCCCUCUCUCUUUGAACAGUAGUCACUCACACUAAUGUUAACACUACUGAAUCUCAGGCGAUCUCUCCGCCAAACCCUCCUCAAUCACCACCAUCACCAGACCCGAGUAGUGUGAUCCAAUACACGCUCGCUCUCCCCCCCUCUCUCUCUCUGAACAGUAGUCACUCACACUAAAAUACACAAAUGUUAAGAGCACUGAAUCUCAGGCGAUCUCUCCGCCAAACCCUCCUCAAUCACCACCAUCACCAAAACCCCACCAACCCGCAUUCCCAUCCCCUCCAAACCCGAACCUCCACCACCCAAAACCCUAACUUCAACCGCCGAUUUUGCUCAUCUUCUUCUUCAUCACUGUCCUCCUCCUCAUCAUCUGAAGCCGAGCUCCGCAAAUACAUCGGCUACUCCGUCCUCCUCAUCGGCUGCGGCAUCGCCACGUACUACUCCUUUCCAUUCCCCGAAAACGCCAAGCACAAGAAAGCCCAGCUCUUCCGGUAUGCGCCGUUGCCGGAUGACCUCCACACCGUGUCCAAUUGGAGUGGCACUCACGUGGUCCAAGCUAGGGUUUUCUUGCAACCCGAAACACUGCAGGAAUUGGAGGGCGUUGUGAAGGAGGCCAAUGAGAAGAAACAGAAGAUUCGGCCGGUGGGGUCGGGGCUGUCACCAAAUGGUAUCGGGUUGACGAGGUUUGGAAUGGUGAAUUUGGCGCUGAUGGAUAAGGUCUUGGAGGUUGAUAAGGAAAAGAAGACUGUUCGGGUUCAGGCGGGGAUUAGGGUUCAGCAGCUGGUUGAUGAGAUUAAGGAUUAUGGGAUCACUUUGCAGAAUUUCGCAUCGAUUAGGGAACAGCAGAUUGGUGGCAUUAUUCAGGUUGGUGCACAUGGUACUGGUGCGAGGUUGCCUCCAAUUGAUGAGCAGGUCAUCAGCAUAAAACUGGUUACUCCUGCUAGGGGAACAAUAGAGAUUUCAAAAGAGAAAGAUCCAGAGCUCUUUUAUCUAGCUCGCUGUGGACUUGGGGGCCUUGGAGUGGUUGCAGAGGUCACUCUCCAAUGUGUUGAGAGACAGGAGCUUGUAGAACACACAGUUGUAUCAAAUAUCAAAGAUAUCAAGAAAAAUCACAAGAAAUUGCUAUCCGAGAACAAACAUGUGAAGUACCUUUAUAUACCAUAUACUGAUACUGUUGUGGUUGUGAGAUGCAACCCUAUUUCAAAAUCGAAAGUUCCACCCAAGUUCAAACCAAAGUAUAGUAAAGAUGAAGCUAUAAAGCAUGUUCGGGACCUCUAUCAGGAAUCACUCAAGAAGUACCGUGGCAAAGCAACUGCAACUGAUUCUCCGGACAGCAAUGAACCAGACAUAAGCGAGCUUUCAUUUACAGAGCUAAGAGAUAAAUUAAUUGCCCUCGAUCCUCUCAACAAAGACCAUAUCAUAAAGGUCAAUCAAGCUGAGGCUGAGUUCUGGAGGAAGUUGGAGGGAUAUAGAGUAGGCUGGAGUGAUGAAAUUUUGGGCUUUGAUUGUGGUGGCCAACAGUGGGUUUCCGAGACCUGUUUUCCUGCUGGAACAUUAGCAAAGCCAAGCAUGAAAGACCUUGAAUUUAUAGAAGAGCUGUCAAAGCUCAUAGAGAGGGAAGGGAUACCUGCACCUGCUCCAAUAGAGCAGAGAUGGACAGCUUCCAGCAAGAGCCCCAUGAGUCCAGCGUCAAGCUCAGCUGUGGAUGAUAUAUUCUCAUGGGUUGGUAUAAUUAUGUAUCUUCCUACUAUGGAUGCCCGUCAGAGGAAACAAAUAACGGAAGAGUUUUUCCACUUCCGCCGUUUGACCCAAAUACAAUUAUGGGAUCGGUAUUCUGCCUAUGAACAUUGGGCUAAGAUUGAGGUUCCGAAGGACAAGGAAGAACUUGCAGCUCUGCAAUCAAGGCUAAGAAAGCGCUUCCCAGUGGAUUCAUACAAUAAAGCACGAAAGGAAUUGGAUCCCAACCGAAUUCUUUCUAAUAGCAAGCUGGAGAAGCUGUUCCCAAUAUCAGAUGAUAUUUGAAAAGCAUCCCUCUUUUGGUUAGUUCUUUAGCAUGUAUUUUUGUAAUGAUCUUGUCCUGUUAAUUUUGCUUUGAGAAAUGUUCCUUUGGCAAUAAUAAAUUCAACUGUACGUAGUGUAUAUUGAUAGGAAUGUUGGGAUUCAAUGAUUGAAUUCCGUCUUCCCAGGUAAUUGCUGCCUUCAACUAUGGAAACAUUAAUGUAGAAGUUGAAAGAUAAUAGAAAAUCAUGAGCCUCACUCACAUUCAGGCCUUGUCAAUCUCCUCCUCUUAUAUGUAUUCAUGUAUUGUGAGUGGAGGAUCAAAACUGAAAUCUAUGUAAUGCUACCAAAAAGAUGAAUUAGAUCACAGAAACAUGGAUGGUUUGACAACCUACGUAAGUUUUGGCUGAAGAAAAUUGCAAUUACUCAAAGAAACACUUGGAAUUGUUAUGAAUUAGAAACUGCACCCAUAAUAUUUAUUUACUCUGUUACAUCAUAAAGAGGAAUACUCCUAAUAAAGAAAAGAUAUCGACAUAAUAUUUAUUUACUCUAGUACAUCAUAGAUGAAAUAAACAUUAAAAAUAGUCAUACAUAGUCAAAAGUAUGUAUGAUCAUGUAAAUAACAUUAAUCAACUGAUGCAGAUGUCCGGCAAUCCCAUGUCAUUGUUUUAGAAGCAAGCUUCGCAGAGCCAACAGCAGCAUAGAGCAAAAAGGCUGCACGAAGAAGUUAUGACAUGAAGAAAAAACAUGAUUAAAAUCCUCUUAAAAAAAAUAAAAAGAAAAAGAAAAAAGAAAAAAAGAAACUGAUUAGCACAGGAUGUUUUGUUUCAAUCUAAGAUCACUGUUCUGAUCUUAUGAGAAAACCAUUAUUUUCUGAAGUUGCGUUUAUGUGAAAGUUUUCUUAUUAAGAAGAUGUGUAUGAGAAGACUUACCAUCCCUCAAUGAAGCCCCUGUCUCCUUUCUUCUUCG